UUCAUAAUUAAAAAUCAUGUUCCUUUUCAGGCUGUAAUCGUACUCUGACUAAAAGUUCAGAUGUUUUCCAGUCCCCUGGCUUCCCUGGUAAAUACCCGGAUGGACAGCUGUGCUCGUGGAGGAUCAUGGUCCCUGAUAAUCACACCCUACAUGUUCACUUUACGAACUUCUCUUUGUACGAGUACGAURAAGACUGUUUACAGCUAUACGAAAAUAAAAGCAGGAUUUUUAAAUCAAAGCAAGCAUUCUUUGGCCAAAAGUCACCCUUCACCAUCACAGCAACAAGAGAUGUGAUGUUCGUUUUUAGAUCAGACGAAGAAAACAACAGCACUGGAUUCAGGGCAAAUUAUACGAUGUUCAAAACGCCUACUACUGCCCCGCCAAAAACAACUGCAUAUUCAACAACCACCAUUAAACCAACAACAGAACACAUAACAACACAACCAACGACAACCAAACAACCAACUACUAAACAGCCAACCACUACAGAAGCAACAACAUUUCCAACGACAACAAAUAUUAACUCGACAACCAAUGAAACGGUACAAUGCAACCCAACAACAGCUAAAAACAAAUCUUACAAUAAAGACAAUAUCCAUCCAUUAAAGAAAACAUGGUUUUGUGAUGAGACUUGGAGAAUAGUUGUCAUGAUAAUACCGCUGGUCGUUUUCAUCCUUAUUGUUCUCGUCAUUAUCGACAUUUUUUGUCGUUGCAGAUCCAAAAAAGCCUCGAAGAGUGGCACAAGUGGAUCAAGGUAUGUGUCACUUAUAUUUUACACACACUUACUACUAUGA